AUCCUGCAGAGAAGCCACUCAGAGACUCAGCUCCCUUCAGCUGCACAAUCAUCUGAAACAGCAGACACAUAGCAAGCACUAAAGGGCUGUUUGCCUUUGGAAUCCUCCUCAGCAGAGACAAGUGAAACAAAGCAAUUGAGCCUUCUGCAUUUUAAACCAGAUCCUUUCAGGUUCAUGUGCCAUUUCCCUAGAGGUAGGUGAGCAAGGUGCAAGCGGGGGGAAAAAAGUCGACCAUCUAACUCCGAUGGCGAAGGAAGAUUCCCCAUCCCCGCGAACUUAAAUGUGAGGGUGAGAGGAACUGCAAAUAUCUUCUGGUCCUGCGGCUGCGUGCCACUUUCACUAGUUUGGGGUGCAGGAAGAAACGUGGCUUGACGGAGGCCAACAGCACCUUGCAGAGAGAAGCCUGCAGCAUGUCAUGGGCUGGUGUGUGCAUUUCUAGGAAAGCAGAGCACACGUGUACAUGUUAGCAAACGAAGAGCCACAUCAUCUCCAGAAUUCCCUUCCCUCCUCCCCUUCCUCUUCUUGCUUUACAGUAACCCAGAAGACUUCUCAAUCUUUUCUAGCCUGGGAUUAUAGUCGCAAGAGCUGCCGGCAUGAAGCUUUUCCUGAUUAUUCUGCCUUCUCUUUUCCAAGCUGUUACAAAGUCUCUUCUGGUUCAUUCCGGGCUGGACAGCUAUGCCUGCCCUUUGGGACAGUUCCCCUGUGGCAACCUGUCUGUCUGUUUACCCCAGCUCCUGCACUGCAAUGGAGAGAAGGACUGCGACAACGGUGCCGACGAAGAGAACUGCGUGGAUAAUAGCGGGUGGCUGCAGAUCUUGGAUGACAUGCAGCAAACCAAGGGCAACAGAGCCACUAAGGAAGAGGAGACCCCAGUCUGUGUGCUUGACCGGUUCCCAGAGGAAUGCCAGUGCCAGGGAAGGACGAUAGAUUGCACCGGCCAGAACUUGCACACCGUCCCCUGGGUCUCCUCCAACGUGACGAAGCUGGUUCUGAAUAUUAAUAAAAUCCACUCACUGUGGGACAACCAGUUUAUCAUGUACAGAAGUCUGGAGAAGCUCCUCUUGCAGCACAACGAAAUCCAGUCAAUACUGCCCCAUGCUUUUGCUGGACUUUCCAAGCUUAAAAUGCUGUUCCUGAGUCACAAUAACAUCACUGAGCUGACGCCAAGAAUCUUCCAGGAUCUGCAUCAUCUUGAAUGGCUAAUGCUGGAUAACAACAGAAUUGCCAAGAUCCUCCCAGCGACUUUUGUGGGGUUGAAAUCUCUGUACUUUCUGUACAUGCUGAACAACUCCCUGAGUAGCAUGCCCAACACCUCCGUAUGUGCAGAGAUGCCGAAGCUCAGCUGGCUGGAGCUGGAAGGAAACCAGAUCCACGCUCUGAAGAGCUCAGUGUUCCAGGAAUGCAGCACCUUCACUGUGCUGAUUCUGCGCAGAAACAAGAUCAAAUGGAUCCAGGAAGGGGCGUUUUCCAACCUGAACAGACUGGUGGAGCUUGACCUGUCUUACAAUAGACUGGAGGAACUUCCACCAUCUUUAUUCAGUAACCUGCAUGACCUCCAGCAGCUGAAUAUUUCCUACAACCCCCUGAAGCAGAUCUUUGCCGACCAAUUUGACAGCCUGCCCCACCUGCGCUCUCUGAGUAUUGAAGGUCUGGAGCUCCCCAAUAUCCAGACUCGCAUGUUCCAGAAACUCACCAAUCUGUCUCACAUCUACUUUAAGAAGUUCCAGUAUUGCAGCUACUCUCCGCACGUGCGCAGCUGCAAGCCCAACACCGACGGCAUCUCCUCCUUCGAGAACCUCCUGGCCAAUAUCAUCCUCAGGGUCUUUGUCUGGGUCAUCGCGUGCAUCACCUGCUUUGGGAACCUCUUUGUCAUCUGCAUGAGGUCCUUCAUCGUCACAGAGAACAGCCAGCACACCAUGGCCAUCAAAUCGCUCUGCUGUGCAGACUGUCUGAUGGGAAUCUAUCUCUUCUUCAUUGGAGCCUUUGAUCUCAAGUUCUCCGGCGAGUACAACAAGCAUGCCCAGGUGUGGAUGGCAAGCAUCCAGUGCCAGCUGGUGGGCAGCCUGGCCAUGCUGUCCUCGGAGGUGUCCGUCCUGCUGCUGACGUACAUGACCCUGGAGAAGUACCUCUGCAUCGUCUUCCCAUUCAGCCAUCAUGGGGCGGGCAAGAAGCGGACCCUCUCCAUGCUGGUCGUCAUCUGGCUGUUGGGCUUUUCUCUCACCCUCGUCCCCUUCUGGUGCAAGGAGACCUUUGGGGACUACUAUGGGAGGAAUGGGGUGUGUUUCCCACUCCAGUCCGACGAGACCGAGCGACCAGGAGCCAGGGGCUACUCCACCGGGAUAUUUCUGGGUCUGAACCUCAUUGCCUUCAUCACCAUUGUGUUCGCCUACACCAGCAUGUUCUACUCCAUCCACACCACGGCCACCAAGACGGCCGAGCGCAGCGUCUUCUCCAGGGAAGUGGCCAUCGCGAAGAGAUUCUUCUUCAUCGUUUUCACUGACGCCCUCUGCUGGAUCCCCAUCUUCCUCCUGAAGCUUCUCUCCCUGCUGCAGAUGGAAAUACCAGGCACCGUGACGUCAUGGGUGGUCAUUUUCAUCCUGCCCAUCAAUAGUGCCUUGAACCCCAUCCUGUACACCAUCACCACCACCCCCUUCCAGGAGAAGCUCAAGCUGUGUUUGCAGAAGAAGCAGCUGCAGCAGUCGUCACUUCAGGACCUAGAAGAGUCCAGAAAGAGCUUUUCCCUGCUAUCCACACACACCAGCAGCACCUGACAGUCCCCAGCGGCUUAGCCUUGGGAGUGGUGACAGGCCUCACUGCUUCAUGCAUGCAGCUAUGAAGGACCAUGUCUCUGUCCUCCCCAGGUGCCUCCCCUGGCUGGUUCAUUGCCCACCCCAAUGACAGCCAUCUUGAGGGCAGAUGAUGCCAAAGGGGAGCUGCCACCACUUGCCAAGUGCUAGUCAUUAUCUCAGCCAGCUCUCGACCAUGGAGGGAAUACCACUCCCAGCUGCAGCAACAGUGCCUAGUGUUGUAUAGGAGGCUACAGAAGAAAUGGUCACAGAUAGCUGAUGGGGCCUGAACUCUGCUUGUCUGCCCCACGGUUGAAAGCACUGGAAUGCUGCCUGCCCCAUGCAUUCUCAUUGCUGCGUGUCAGCGCUUCGGGUUUAGCUGAUGCUGGUUCAGCACAAGGAUUAACCAGCUGCUGUGGAAUGGAUGUUGUAUUUCAUCCUAACCCUCUGUCGCAUGGUCCCUGUAGCUCCCUGCCCCUUCGCCCUGGAGUCAAACUGCAGGGGCAGCUGCUGCAGCAGCCUCUGGAACAGCCGCCCUCACUGCAGAGCCCCAGAGAGGUGUUUUCUGCAUUGCUGGAAGCAAGUCUGGGUCCAGAGGAAGGAAGGUGGGAGGAGAAGUCUUCAGUGCUUUGAUUUGGGGCCAGAAGCAGCUAGAGCAGACGCCAGCGCGAUCCUGGCGAGAGUUGUGGGCCACUGGUUCUGCCAUGUGGAGUGAUGAACUAUUCAGGCUGCCCUCAGCCCUUGGGGAAGCCUUGGCUGUGGGACCCAGGCAGCCGCUGCUAGUGUGGGUGAAAUGCUGCAGAAGGAAAGGGAGGCGGUGCUGUCCCCUGACACUUUCUACACCACCCUGACCGCUGUGUUCAGAGCAGGUGUCCCCAUUCAGGGCCUGCUCCCCCAGCCACCACGUUCAGCAAGGACUCACAGCCGCGCCCUGUUCUCCAGCCGUACCUGGGCUCGUGCCUUUAGAAAAUGAAUCCUCGCAACUGAGGCACCAACUCCCCUGGGCUAAUGCAGCCUGUGCCCAAAACCAUUCCUAGGAAACUGCUGCAGCAAUAAAAUAGCAGCACCGGGGCAGUUGGUAAUGGUUGGUGUUCCUUCCCUAGCCACUGCUCCUCUCGGAUUUACUCCUGGGAAGGAGGCAAGCGUUGCCCUUCUCCAGGGGGGGCUGGGCUCUGCCUUGGCAAUAGCAGUUCUGUCUCCCUGCCAUACGCUGCGUGGGCUGGCUAGCCCCACCCCAAUUCCCGGUGAGAUGAACCUGGCUGGGCGUACCACCCCGCGCCCCACUGGUGGCCUGGAGACAGAGGAGUUUGUUUCAGCCCACCCAGGGCUGGAGCUACUGACGUUCCCUGUUUGGUUCUGGAAGGAUCCCAGCACUGGAGCGGCAGGUUCUUGGCCUGGGGGCACGGCUCACUCUGUGGUGGAGCAGGGAGAGGGAACAGAGUAAGGGAUUGAAAGUACCAGCUCUCAGCCCACUGGGGUUCUCUUUGAGCACAGCCUCAGGACCACAGCAUGCUGCACAUUGUGACCAUUGCCUGGAGUCCCAAGGGAGCCACCUCCAUGCGUGUUACCCCCGUGCUUUGUGACCUGCCCAGAACAGCGAGUGGGAGAGACAGGUUGCUCUAAUUAUGCCUGUUGGAUGCCACAGCUCCUUUGGGAGGGGCUAGCAUCAGGUUGUAGCCAAGGCACUUGUAGCUGCAGGGUAGGAGCCCUGGGCAGGUGACCAGGUCGAUACCAAGUGCCUGUAGCAGGGAGGAGGAAAGAAAAGGGGGUCGGGGAGAGUGCAUCAGAAAUGCUGCUGAAUGACACUGAGAUUAUUCUGGAGAGCUACGGUCGUACACAUCUUGUGCUAAGCGAUGGGGUCAGCUGGUAACACUGCAAGGCUCCAGGCAGGCUAAAAACCCAGAGAGUACCACUCUGUGAGCUCGAUGAGACACUGCAUUACUGCCAAGAACAGUGGGGCUUUGAGAGAGUGAGAGUAACACAUGGAGGCCUUAAAUUGACAGGCAGAGUCACACCUUGAGGCAUGGAUAUGACCAUUUAAUGCACUGCUUGCCCCUCUCCCCCCGACUCCUUUCAGCCCCCCUGUGAGGCCAGCAGUUCAGAUAACACCAGCCUCGUUCCUGGGAACGUACCAGCAGCCUCGGCACACAAGGAAUUUCCAUUGCUUGGCAAACACACUGCCCACUCCAUCAGUCCACCCUGGGGUCCUUGCUGUCUCAAUUGAUGCUGAUCAGAGCCUGAUGCUGAGCCAGGCAGGGACUCUGGAGGAAGGACAGCCCAGCCCCUGCCAGCAGGUCAGAGGAAUAGAAAGGAGGCCCUGCCAUUUAUUCUGGGGCCAGAGGGAAAGUCAAUGGGGGAAAUCAGAUUGUUUGGGAGCAAUGGGAAGGGCCCUCUGGUGGGUGUGAAGCUGACUUGUGUGAGACCCAUGCAACUGCCCUGCAAUUGCAGGAAUAAUAAUAAUAAGAAGAAUAGCCCUUACCCAUUUCUUUUUGCCUUCCACAUGCUUUACAAAACACUAAUGAAUUACGCACUCGGCCUCAUUCUGUCAUGACAGGAGGCUUCACACCCCAGCUUUACUACCCUGGAACCUAUGUCAACCUAGUGCUGGGUGAGAAGGAAGCACAGACCGCAGCAGUCAGGGUACAUCAAGGUUUCAUCAUCAGCCAGCGGGUGCCAUUAGUACUUUAUUAUUACACAGAGGAGGAACCGCAGCCCCCUUUGGAGUCAGACAAUCUGCAGCGGCUGCAUCUGAUACAAAAAAGAAGUCCCUUAAAUACAAAACACACGUCGCUCUGGUGUUCAUCGCCCAGCACCAAGCUCUUACCGCCUGAGUUAUAUAUUAAUAUUCCAACUGUACAGUAUUUAUAGAUAG